AUGUAUUCGAUGCAGAACGACAUUAUGUAUUUGCAGUCGAGGAGGAAGGUAACCCAAUAUUACGUGCUGUCGCUUCUUUCUGAUUUCAUGAAAACUGUUCUGUUUUUGUUUGAUACAUUGGUCUUUUGUUUUACCAUCUCUACCGCUUUACUCAUGAUGCUUUUUGGGUACAUGGGUGUAAUAGCAGAAAAGCCUUUUGCACUUCAUGGGAAACUGUACAUAGGGACCGUUUAUUUCGACAUUUUACUGAAUUUUUUAAUUGCUUUAUCUUUUCUUUACAAUAUAUUUAAAUUAUCGACCUGGAAUAUAUCGUACAUGGGUAAAUAUAUUGUAAACCGUAAUUUUUUUUAUUCCAUUAUGACUAUGAUUAUUGGUCUUUGCCUUCUUUCCAUUGUUUUUAAUAUAUAUGCAAUAUAUUACACGCGAAGGUUUAAAACUCUUGUAAGGGUCAUAGAAAAUGAGGCUAAAAAUGCACGAACAAAUACAAGUGCAAAUGCAAGGCCCAACACAAGAUCCAAUUUAAGACAAUGCACAAAAGGGAACCAAAAUAUGCAUGGAAAUGAUAAUUCAAGAAUAAAUACACAAGGAAACUCGAGGACAUCCGAUAAAUUAGACAAAGAAGUAGGUAGUGCAUACAUGCAUGUGAAUGUAUUUCCUCAGGGGAAUGCGCGUGCACAGAUAAAUGCACCACCAAUAGGAAGUGCACAACAAAAUGAAAAUGAAAAGGGAUGCAGAAAUUCACAAGAUAAUGUGAACAGACAAGAAAAUAUAAAGGAAGAAGUCAUACCUAAUAGAGAAAAGCUGAAAAAUGCUGUUGAUGAGAACCAGGCAUCAGAUGAAACUACAUUGGAGGAUCCGUUUCCAUUAGAAAUUCCGUCCACAAAUGAAAUGUUGACAAUUACUGAGAAUACAAGCACCAAAAUAAACGAUAUGAAAGAAGAAAAUACAAAAACAAAAGUGAACACGAAAAAAAAAAUAACAUUUGAAUUAGAUAAGGAACAACAAGAUCAUGAAGCUAAGAGAAAGAUGGUUACACGUGAUGAAAUUGUUCCACUGAAAAUAGGAAUUAUCAAAGAUGUAAAAGAAAAGGUGUCACCUGUGCAUAAGGAAGAAAAGAAAACACCCGAUGUAAAUAAUGCUGAAAAAGAAGUUACCCAAUCGAAUAUUAUGGAAAAUAAGAAACCUCAAAUGAAUAAUGCAGAGAAAAACAUUUAA